UUCGAACACAUGGGCGUGGCUGGCAAGUGCCUCAUCGGUGCGGUUCUCCAUUGCGGUGAAGAUCUACCUACGGAAAGGAGACAACCUUGAGCUAGCCGUCCAUGCCCUGACAUGCUGUACUGCUUGAAUGGCCUCGUGAGGUCUUAAAGUUAGAAAAGCACCAAGCGCCGUUCCGCUCUCAAGGAAUACAAGCGUCCUACUAGAUCGUACAUCCUUUACGCUGCCAUAUUCAGAAUGGAAGCUGCCCAGACGGAUGAAGUUUUCGACUUGCGUUAUUUAGAAGACCUGUCCAUUGCCGAAGGAAUCAACUUCGCAGCUCCAUGCUCGGCGACACCCGACACGGACUGCUGGCUUCUCGAUGACAUGCCCACUGUCAACAGGCUUAUCUAUGACCACGGCUGCCACCUUUUUGAACAAGAUAACGCGGUGGUACUUUCAGUGCUACAAGGUGCGACACAAAAGUCAUCACAGGACAAACCCCACGAAUGCACCCUGCUAGUGUGGCUCGUGCGGUCGCAUCGUUGUAUCGAGGAGUAUGUUUUCCAUAGCGCGAGUGAAAUCGUCUUAAAUGCGCUCAAGUACACCACCCACGUUAAGAAGUUGGAGAUGAAAUUCAACGACGACAUCAGCGUUCUUGCUGGCCAAAGUUUACUGAACACCAUUCAAGCUGCUGAGGCAAUUGAAGAAGUUAGGUUUAGUUUUAAGAAACUUCACGACAACGUUACCGCUCAGGAACUCGGUCAUGCUUUAGCUCAAAAAUCAAUGCUUAAAUGUUUAGCAUUCGAGGGCGUCAACGACCUCAAACUUCUUGCAAGUUUCUGCAAACACUUCACUUUCAAUAUACACACCUUGGUACUCUCAAAGUCGAGACUGAGUCUCAUGCCCUUUAGAGGUCUGAUCAGAGGUAUCCGGGCAGGGAGUGUUGUAUCGUCACUCGAUGUUAGCUCUUGCUCUCUGGACAACACACACGCACGGCUCAUAGCAAAUUUAAUGAAAACGAACACAACAAUUAAAAGUCUAAGCCUGGCGCACAAUCGGGACAUAACUUGGGUUGGCCUUUUCAAAUUGGUGUCCACACUUGAAGUGAACACAACGCUGGCGAACUUGAACUUGAGUUAUACAAGAACUGGCAAGAGAGUCGCACAACGGUUGGCGAAGAGUCUCCAGUGCAAUGAGACUUUGCAUUGUAUAGACUUGUCGUAUUGUAUGUAUUUAAACAUGAACAGUGUUGACCUUAUUAUAACGACAGCCCGGUCCCUGAAGCGUCUUGGUAUUCGUGACGUCCUCAAAGAUUACCUGAGUAGGGCAAGAACCCUAGCAAACGCACUCUCGCAGAAUACCUGGGGAACAAUCGUUGAUAUUGGUAGUAUUAGUUGGUGCGCGGUGCUGGUGCCCCUCAAAGAAUGCGUCGUUCAGCAUCGCAUAGAAUGCACCGCCUUCUUUACUACCGACUUAAGAAUGCACGCUGAGCGGGAACGUAUGCUGGGAACAGUAAUCUCCAACAUCAAGGAAAUUUGUCUUCCCGAUUGGAUAAGCUACCGCAGAUAUCGCUCCCUGUCCUAUAUUCAAGGCUCGUUAAGCAACAACAUAGAGAGCGCGGUAUCCUUAACCAGACUGGACAAUGUAUGUUUAGAUGAGAUUGAUAUAGAUAUCCCGAUCCUCAACUACAUCGGAUCAACGACGACGUUGGAACGUGUCUCGUUUCUCUUCUCUAGCUUGACACAAGACAGUACGGAAGCGCUGUGCGACGCCCUUCAGCAAAAUGUUAGCAUCGUCCAUUUGACCUUCAAACAAUUUCACUCGUACGACCAAGAUGUCUUGACCAAGGAGAACCUUGAAACGCUCAUCAUGAUAUCAAUCCAGCAGGAUAGAUUGGAAUCACUGACCGUUGAGUCAAAACUUCUAGAAUCCGUGAUGGCAAGGACUUCCCUGGCUCUCGCCUGCAACUACUCACUGACUGCUGCAACGUUCAAUGGCGCACAAGCUGGAAGCAUACGCUCCACAGUAUUGAGGAACAGGCAGCUCCAGCAUCAAGCACUCCAGUUUUUGCUGCAUGACACUACAAAGAAGCGUUGGGCGCAGGCGUUUGAGGUAAUGCAUGACGUCGGGGCGGUGCGCCGUCGUGCGGCUCAGCUUGCGGGAAGCUCCGAUGAAGUCGAGCGUCUUGUAAGAUCCAAGACGUUUUUCCUCCGACAGAACUACUUCGUGAUUACGUGCGUAGUAAAAAGGCAGAUACGUUGUCAUGAGGCAGGUCGGGCACAGAUCGACAGCCUUGAUGCGCCUUGUAUAUGUAUGAUCGCGUCGUACUUGAGCGUAAGUGACGUGAAGAACACACUUCAAUGACACAGUGAGAACAGUGAGAUAUAUGAUUGCUAUGGAGCGUGCUGCAUGCGCAUUUUCUAUUCGUACUACUGUGUAAUAUUUGAUUAGUUUUCAUUUGUACUACGGGUGAAGCGUCGUGGUCUUGUGACGCUUAGAUCAAUAUAGUGUGCAGAAUUUGUGUUGCAACGCCGCAGUGUAGGUGCCCACGCUUCUUUUUUCUUUUUGGCUUUGCUCGAGCGAGAUGUGCUGGGUAAUAAAUGGAAUACAUCUAAUAAAAAACA